GUGGAGCGGAGAUGAAAGAUAUCUCGCCGGAGCACCCUGGCUAAAUUCAUAGCAGUUCUGAAUAUUAAAAACAGCCUGACGCAAAAGCACAGCCUGUGACACAAACUUGGAAGGGAAGGCGCUGGCUAAUUACAUGUCAAGUGUUGAUGGCUGUGCACAUCCAUCAAGUAGGACUGACAGCUGUGAAGACACCCGGAGAAGAGGCGUCACACUUCUAAAUUGUGUGUGUGUGUGUGUGUGUAUGUGAUUGUGGGUGCGUGUGUGGGUGCCCAUCUAUACGUGUGUGUGUGUGUGUGUGUGUGUGUAUGUGUUUGUGUGUGUGUGUCUGCACAUCUAUGUUUGUGUGUGUGUAUGUGUGUGUGUGUGUGGGUGUGUGUGCAUAUGUAUGUGUGUGUGCACAUCCUGUGCGCGUGUGUAUGUGUGUGUGUGUGCACAUGUAUAACUGUUUGUGUGUGCAUGUGUGUGAGUUUGCGUGUGUGUUUGUGUUCGCGUGUGUGUGUGAGCAUGUGCAUGUAUGUGCCGCCGUGCAUGUGUAAAAAGGUACGGCAUUUUUUGGCAGUGAGGUAAAGAUGUACUGUAUCGCUGGACGUUUGGCUUUGACAGGGUUAGGGGGUGUGGAAGGGCUGUUCCUGAAGAAGAACCCGCCCUGCUUUCACUGCUGAGAGACGGCAGCCUGCCAGUCAUUGGUAACCCCUGGUCUACCCUCAGCCUACCUGCACUCCCAGAGAACUAAUGCCGGAUUCCACACUGUGCAGACUGGAGUGAGCUCUUCCUUCACCAAAGACUCCACUCAUCCGCACACAGCCGACUUGCCAUGGAAGAGGAAGGCUUGUUGAAGGAGCGACUUCAAGCUAUAACGGAUAAGAGAAAAAUCCAAGAAGACAUUGCCAAGAAAAGGAGGGAUAUUGAGGAAGAAAAGUUAAAACUUCAGUAUUUGAAGAAGAAAGCUUUGCGGGAGCAAUGGCUUAUGGAUGGACUGAGCCUCCAGAGUGCACAGGAGGAGGAAGCCAUGAGACUACAAGCUCAGGAUGACCAGCAGCAGAGCAAAGUCCUGCAAAGCAAUAUCGAAAGGAUGGAAAUGGAAAUCGAAGCUCUAGAAAAGCAGGAAAUGACGAUUUCUGAAAAUGAGCAGCUCAUUCUGAAACGGCUGAAGGAAGUUGAGAAAACCACCGAGGACAUAAUAAAGGCAGUAAAUGCAGAUAACCAGCAAGAGCCAAUCCAAUACAUUUACUCAGAAAUUCCAGAUAUCCCAAAAUCCUACAAACCUUCACAGUUAAAGAAACUAUCAAGCCCUUUUCUGGAACCUAAUGAUGAUCAGCCUAAACAAGCCUUAUUUGCAAUGGAAAUUAAUGUGGAGAAAGACAUGAGGACUGGGGAGAGCCAGGUGCUGUCAACGGCAACCGUCACGCCACAGAAGUUUCAACAGAAAGGCAUAAAGGUCUACGACGAUGGGCGGAAAUCCGUCUAUGCGCUCGGGCCCGAUGGCCAGCUCGCUCAUAACGGAGUGGGAGAGCUCACCCCCCGUGAGGUGGAGGAGCUGCUGAGGAAGGCCACCGAAAAGCAGACUGAUCCGGACGUAGAGUACCACGAGCCUGUGUUCUCCGCCCCCUACAGCCGACCGGCCACCUCAAAGAGACCAAAUCGGGAUCACUCCAGUCCAAGGCCCAGCGGUCUGUCGGAGGCGGCGGCAGUGCGUCCCCCUUCCGCUCAACCCGAGGUCCCCCAGAGCGAUGGCGCCCUAUUUCAGAGGGAAGCUAAGCAUCUUUCACCUCACAUUCCGCACCCUAACGCUGGCAGCCAAGCGCGCGCAGACCAAUCCCCUCCCCACAGCCCAGGAAAAAGUCAUUUCACAAAUGGAGGCGAGACCCAUUUGGAGGCAAACGCACAGAAGCCAGUGCAGGCUCCCCUCCAGCAGUCCAAGGAGAACCACAGAGCUGCACUGCUGGUGAAGUCCGAAGCCAGACACAGAAGCCCAUCGCCAUCCCUUCCAGACGCCUCCCAGACCACCAACACCGCCAUGCCGGCCGAGCCUGACUCCACGGAGCCUGUGACCAUGAUCUUUAUGGGGUAUCAGAGCGUAGACGACGAACAAGAGACCCGCGUUGUCUUGCGCCAUGACGGGGUCAUCCAGGCCGAGCUGGUGGUCAUUGACGACGAUGACGAGAACGGCAGCGAUGGACCGCUGUCUUUCCACCCUGACGGGUGCCACAGCAAGAUCUUCCAGCCCCACCUGGCCUCCAGAGCAAGUUCAUACCUCACGGAGGCCAAAGCCAGCUGCAACAGAACUAAUGCAUCCCUGUACGCCACCCCCAGCCUGCCCCAGGAGACAGAGCUUGGGCACAGCCCCAUUCGCCUCAGCCCCUGCCCUGAUGCACAGGUGGGAGGAGACAGCACAGAAGACCCCUCCCUUACAGCUGAAGCCUCUGAAGUGAAGGAGCAGUGUUGAAACCAUGUAAUAAUGUGCUUGAGAGGUUAUUACACAAUGUGAGUUAUAUAAGCUAGGAAAUGCAUUUAAGAGAAUCAAUUACAGAAAUAUUUGCUUAUCCCUUGCUCUUACUCUGUCCUUCUGUAAAUGCAUUUUACCAGAUAGUAUUAUCAUGGCAUACAAACAGAAAUGUGUACUUGCUGUAUUUUAUUGGUAAUAUAUUAAUAUUACAACAGCGUAGUCGCAGUGCACAUUUUCAUUUCCCUAAAAUGGUGAUUUUGAGAUUAUUCUGCUUAACUGGUCUUCAGAUAUAACUGAAUACAAUUUCUCAAUACACUUAUGGCUAAAGAUUUGAUGUUUAUUGUCAUUUACUGAUACAAUAUAUCAUUUAUUUUCAUAUGUACAACAUGGUGAUCAUGCCAACGACCAGGAAUAACAUGCAAAUAAUAUUGCUGCUGUCUAAUAAUGCAGUGAAUACCUGAAUAUCAUUCCAUUCAUUUCAGUGUGGGCCAAUUAUCAUAAAUUGUUUCUAAUGUACUAUGUAUUAUUUUAGUUCAAUUGAAUUGUCACAGAAUUUUUAAAUAGCUUUUAACAAUCUCCUGCUGCACGAGCCAUGUUCUUACAUAUUCUACCCACUCAAAAUCAUUGUAGUAUUCCAAUUAGUAUAUCUUUGUAAGAUCUCAUUUUGAGAUCUUACAAAGAAUGGCUUGUAUGUUUUCCACUUGCUCCAGAUUUAUUUUCUUAGAGACAAUUUCUCCUUAAGACAAUAACUCAAACACUUUAAGAAAUCAAUUUCAUUUGAUUAAUUCUUCAAAUGAGAUGUAUUAACUCUUUUACUAAAAUUAUUUUUUCACUGCGUGGUCACUGUUCAUGGGUAUGAAGCAGUGCACUGAAAUAUUGUCUGUCUUUCCUCUCCACAGCAUUAAGGCUGCGAAUGGCAAAGCUAGGAAAAAGAGUGUAAUCUCCAAUGAUAAUGACUCCUGUAGCGCCUUAAAUAUUCCAUGAAGAAAAGCAAAGUGAGAACAUGGCCAAGGGAAUGGGCUUUUUCAUGUUUGCACAAUGCCGACAAAGCUAAACUUCCGAGAGACCACUGACACAGAAAAUUAUGAAGUAUUUUAUGUUCAGAAAAUAUGGUAGCAUUGUGCCAUUAGCAAAAAGCAGGUAUUCAUUCUGAAACGUUUUUGCAUUAUGUCAUUUGGAAAGACGAGCCAAUUUUGAAAUGUUUGUGUUUUGUGCCUUUUUGCAGUGCAAACAAAUAUGCAGUACAAAUAUUUACAUAAACUAUGCCCUCAUAAACAAACUAUGUGCCUUAUAUAUGUAAGUGCCUUUGAAAUAUGGUUUCUAAUGCUUUUUAAGUGUGAACUCUGUUGUAACACUUUGAAUAACUGUUAUGUAACAUCCAAAUAAUAAUGACACCAUAACAAGAGCAAAUGUACACAUAAAGAAAAUGCAAAAAAGAGAUUAUACUACAAAACAACAAAUUCAAAUAAAAUGUUGCCAUG